AUGAUGGUCUUGAGCCCGAACCAGGACACUCAAUCGUUUCUUUCCUCAAUACGAAAACGACAUCGUUUGGGAAACCUCACACCGUCAUACGUUAUGCCGAAAUGGAAACGGUAUACAGUAUGCUAGUAGUAUCAGACAAUUCAAAAGACCCUGUUAAAACCCUAGUCAACAAAUUCGAGAGAGGGAGGAAGCAAUUCAAUCGCUAUACGAUGGGGAGGUCGAGAAGGAAAUACAAGCAAUCUCGUGCAAAGGUGAAAGUGGGUCUCCCGAGGAAAAACCCUCACCUCUUCAAGCCAUCCUUCACUCUCCCUCCCAAGCUACGCUCCCUCGUCGAUGUUGAUGAUGCCCGCUCCAAGUGGGACGACAAAGCCAGCGUCAUCCAUAACUACAAGUCCUUCGGCUUCUUUUCCAACCCCAACUUCCUCGGCGUCCGUUCUCGUACUUCACACAUCGUGGAAAGUGAUUCGCUCCAAGUCCCUCAUCCUCCGCCUUCCGAUCAAUUGGCCGAUGAAUUCGACCCUAUUGAUUCUGGCAGCGAUCUCGAAGAAGAUGACUUAAAAACAGCACUGGGGAAGAAGCGAAGAGAUGGAAAAAGCACACAUUUACAGCCUUUGACCACCAUGCAACGUCUUCAUAUUGGUCAGCUGAAUGAGAAAUAUGGCGAUGACUACCAGGCAAUGUUCAUGGAUACGAAACUAAACAAGAUGCAGCAUUCGAUUGCAACUCUGGAGAAACUAUGCAAGAGGUACCAUAUGUUUGGAGAUAAAAAUCCUUUGAUAUUACCCAGCUGAGAAUGUCCCAGUUUUUGCGUGCCUAUCUCUCAUGACUCUGUAGUUUGUAGUAAAGGAAAUUUGAUAGUUUUUACGCUGUAGCCUCGUUCAACUUCCAAUUUGGAUUAUUUUAUUCUCUUCUGAGGAAGGAGGCAAAAAUCAUUCAUUUUUCAUUUUCAUUAGAAGAGUUCAUUGGUAACUUUUCCUGCUUUGGGUUUUUCUACAUUUUUAAGUGCGUUUCUAUCUGAUUCAUGUAUCUUGUGAUGAAAUUGGUGGACCUUUAAAUUGAGUGUUGGCGCAAAUAAGAAAUAACAAAAAGGAAAGAAAAGUGCCAAUUUGAAAACGGAAACGAAUGUGAAAGCGAUCCCUGG